GGCUGUCGCUCCCAGACGCGCGUCUCUCCGGCUCUGCCCGGGUCUGUGCUGUGUGUGCGGGGGAAUGUCUGCAGCUCUGCCCGGGGAGCCUGGGUGCUACUGACUGGGUGCUACUGACUGGGUGCUACUGGCUGGGUGCUACUGACUGGGUGCUACCGACACCCCGGGACUGGCAGGGGCUGCUCUUCUUCUUCUCCUUCUGGGCAUCUGGACUGGUACCGGGCACUUUAGCCAGACAUGGAUCCUACGGAUAUUGGGUGUGUGUUCCUGGCACUGCUGUCUGCUGCCUGGCACCGGGGAUCCACCGCGGCGAGCUAUAAUUGUGAUGAUCCGUUGGCUUCUCCGCUGCCGGCGCCAGCCUUUGACAGCUCGUCAGAACUUUUCGGUUCACGCGGCGAUGCCAAGCUCAACAGCCGGGAAGGAGCUGGUGGUUGGACGCCGCUGGAAUCCAACACGAGGCAAUGGCUUCAGAUUGAUCUGGGAGAGAGAUUCGAUAUCACUGGGGUCGCUACACAAGGACGAUAUGGGAGCUCUGAUUGGGUGAUGAGUUACAGCCUUAUGUUCAGUGACACCGGGCGCAACUGGAGGCCGUACCACCAAGACAACAACAUAUGGGCCUUUGCAGGAAACACAAACGCAGACGGCGUGGUCCAACAUAAAUUCCAGCACUCCAUCAAAGCCAGAUUCCUGAGAUUUGUUCCCACUGAGUGGAAUCUUGUUGGCAGAAUAGGAAUGAGAGUGGAGGUCUAUGGCUGCCCAUACAAAUCCGAUGUGGUCGACUUUGAUGGCAGAAGCUCCCUCCAGUACAGGUUCAAUCAGAAGCAGAUGACCACAUUUAAAGAUGUCAUUUCUCUCAAAUUCAAGAGCAUGCAGAGUGAUGGAGUUCUAUUUCAUGGAGAAGGACAGCGAGGAGAUUAUAUUACCUUGGAGCUGCAGAAGGGAAAGUUGUCCCUGUACAUCAACCUCGGAGAUACCAAACUCCGCUUUGGCAACACUCAUACCGUGGUCACACUGGGGAGUCUUCUAGAUGACCAACAGUGGCACUCUGUCUUGAUUGAUCGAUUCAACAAGCAGGUCAACUUCACUGUCGAUAAACAUACUCAGCAUUUUCGGACCAAAGGAGACUCGGAUAAUUUGGAUAUAGAUUAUGAGUUCAGCUUCGGAGGGAUACCAGUGCCAGGAAAACCUGGAACCUUUCUAAAGAGGAAUUUUCACGGCUGCAUAGAGAACCUUUACUAUAAUGGAGUGAACAUUAUUGAUUUGGCCAAGAGACGCAAACCUCAGAUCUUCAUUGUGGGGAACGUGACCUUUUCUUGCUCGGAACCCCACGUUAUACCCGUGACGUUCACCAACUCCAGCACCAGUUACCUACUGCUCCCCGGAACCCCACAAAUGGACGGCUUUUCCGUGAGCUUUGAGUUCCGCACGUGGAACGGAAAUGGCCUUCUACUGACCACGCAGUUUUCUGGAGGUUCCGGAGUUCUGCUGCUCCAGUUGGUUUCAGGGAAAUUACUGCUUGAGAUCCAGGAAGGAGAACAUAUCCUUACAUUAAGCUCAGGUAGCGGUUUAAAUGAUGGACUUUGGCACGCAGUCACCAUCAACGCGAGGCGGCAUCGCUUGACUCUGACAUUGGAUAAUGCGGGGUCUUCUCCGGACCACUUGGCUGUCUCGGCGGCGGUGUUCUCUGGAAGCAGAUACUACUUCGGAGGCUGCCCGGAUCAUCUGACGGAUUCGCACUGUAUCCAUCCCGUUCCUUCUUUCCAAGGCUGCAUGAGGCUCCUCUUCAUCGAUAAUCAGCCCAAAGAUCUCAUAUCGGUCCAGCGAGGCCUAAUUGGCAAUUACAGCGAGGUGCAGAUUGAUACGUGUGGGAUCAGAGACAGGUGCCUGCCAAACUACUGCCAACAUGGAGGGGAAUGUUCCCAGAGCUGGAACGCAUUCUACUGUGACUGCGGCGCUACAGGAUACGGGGAGGCGACCUGCCAUAGCUCCCUGUACCAAGACUCCUGCGAGGCCCUCCGGCACCGGGGAUUUGCAUCCGAUUACUACCACAUUGAUCCGGAUGGAAGUGGCCCCCUUGGCCCCCUGCGCGUCUUCUGCAACAUAACCGAGGACAAGAUCUGGACUUUGGUUCCGCACAAUAACACGGAACUCACACCAGUGCAUGGGAAUUUUGGUGUCAGACCAUACGCCAUGUUGUUCAACUAUAACAGCACCAUGGAACAGCUGGAAGCCAUGAUAAACAGGGCUGAAUACUGCGAGCAAGAAGUGGCCUAUCACUGCAAACAUUCCCGCCUGCUUAAUUCCCCAAACGGAGCUCCGUUCACUUGGUGGAUUGGGAGAGGGACGGAGAGACACACCUACUGGGGGGGAUCAUUACCCGGAGUCCAAAAAUGCGCCUGUGGCUUGGAGGAGAGCUGCAUUGACAUGAGGCAUUUCUGCAACUGCGACGCUGACAAACACGAGUGGACAAACGACACAGGUUUCCUGAAUUUCAAAGACCACUUGCCCGUCUCUCAGAUUGUGAUCACGGACGCUAACAGAACCGGCUCGGAGGCUGCCUGGAGAAUUGGCCCUCUGCGUUGCUAUGGCGACAGAAGCUUCUGGAACGCGGUCUCCUUUAAUACGGCGAGUUCCUUCCUGCCCUUCCCAAUAUUCCACCCCGAGUUCAGCGCCGACGUCUCGUUCUUUUUCAAAACCACAAGUGCAUCCGGCGUCUUCCUAGAGAAUCUCGGCGUCAAGGAUUUCAUGAGAAUUGAAUUAAUAUCUCCUUACCAGGUUAUAUUUUCAUUUGAUGCUGGGAGUGGUCCAACUGAGGUUCUCCUGCACUCAGUCUCUGCCCUCAAUGAUGGUCAGUGGCAUUAUGUCAAAGCUGAAAGGAAUAUGAAGGAAGCAACCCUUAUUGUGGAUAACCAGCCAAAGAGACUCGCCCGGGAAGCAUUAGAUGGACGCAUUCGCUUGCCGCUAAGCAGUCAGCUCUACGUAGGAGGAACUUUAUCCAAUAGACAAAGAGGAUUUGUGGGAUGCAUUCGCUCACUCCAGUUCAAUGGGCAGAUGAUUGAUCUUAAAGAAAGAGCCAGACUGACCCCAGAUAUCCGACCGGGAUGUCCCGGCCAUUGCGGCACCUAUGGACAUUUGUGCCGUAACAACGGGAAAUGUGUGGAGAAGCGUAAUGGAUAUUUCUGUGAUUGCACAAACUCUGCUUAUGAAGGUCCCUCUUGUGUGAAAGAGGUGUCUGCCAUGUUUGAAGCUGGAACCUCAGUCACAUACAUUUUCCAGGAACCCUAUCCCGUUUCUAAAAAUGCCAGCAACUUCCCCUCUUCUCCAAUCUAUGCAGAUACAGUGAUAUCUAAGGAGAAUAUCUCCUUCAGCUUUGUUACAGGACAAGCCCCGAGCCUUUUACUUCACAUCAAUUCGUUUUAUCACGACUAUCUGGCUGUGCUUCUCAUCAAAAAUGGCAGCCUACAGGUCCGUUAUAAAGUCAGCAAAGAAGGAACUCAAGUCUUCACCUUGGAAUCGGAAAGACUGGACAAUAGGCGGCCACAUCACGUACGGAUCAGCCGGGAAGGGCGAGAGUUAAUAAUACAGAUUGACAAAAUGAUCAAACAAAGACACAAUUUCUCCUCCGACAUCUAUUUCAAAGCCAUCAAAUCACUCACGUUGGGGAAAGUAGUAGAUAAUCCAGGACUUGAUUCAGAAGUCGCCAAAGCAAACACCUUUGGGUUCGUGGGGUGUCUCUCCUCUGUGCAGUACAAUCACGUGGCCCCUCUGAAAGCCGCACUGCGCCACCCCAGCAUCGCGCCCGUAACCGUAACGGGAACGUUGUCUGAGUGCAGCUGUGGCUCCGUCACGGAGAGCGACCUGAGUACAGUCACAACCACUUACUCCUCAUCGGGUCCCUUUGGAAAGGAUGAUGAUCGGGAACCCAUAACUAAUGCUGUAAGAAGUGAUUCUGCGGUCAUUGGAGGAGUCAUCGCCGUGACGGUAUUCAUCAUUUUCUGCAUUGUGGCCAUAAUGACCAAGAUUCUAUACCAACACAAAGAAACGCACAGGAAAAAUCAGAAAAAGGAGAAAGAAUAUCCGAGCAGCAUGGAGAACUCCUUCCGCAAUGAGAUGGACUUGCAGAACGCAGUGAGCGAGUGUAAAAAGGAAUAUUUUAUCUGAUAGACUUUAUUUUUAAUUCUCUGCUCUUUUUAGCUAAAUCCUUACAGUGUUUUUUUCCUUUGGAAAGAAAUGACCCAGCUCGAGAGUAUGUGGCAAUCUCCUCACAGUGCCUCCUUCUUGUCAUAAGCUUCACGGCUCCCUCUGUGGCGCAGCGGCUACUGACCACGGCCCCCGGCACGCAUGCUUUCUGUUUGUAUUAUUCCAUUUCCAGGAGUUUCCAAGCAUCGUUUGUGCUCACCUUGUAGCCAUUAACUCUUAUUUCACACUAGAAAAGUCAAGUCCGCUCGGUCAUUCCGCACUAAAUACAUUUGUACCAUUAGACAAAGAGUCGCUGAAGAAUUCGGUGCCUAGAAAACAUGAAUUGCAAUGUAACUUUGUGGCAACGAGUGUGAGCUUUUAGGCCAAAAGAAAUCUGGGAAAUGUUCAUGGAUUUAAAGCCAUUUAGCUCCCAUGAUUCCUGUACAUUGUAGGAUCUGUUAUGUGGAACACUGGGAAAUGAUAAAGGUCUACUAAAAUAUAGUUUGUAAUAUUUUAGAAGCAACUUACUUCAAUGGUCUUGUUGUUAAAGGGCAACUAUCACCUAAAAAUUGCUAAUAGAGUCAGAACGGGUGGUGUUUGGGACCCCCUACCCCCAAGCUCCGUCGUUGGAUGGGCUAUAGAAAUCCACGGCGGAGGCUGGGGGUAUUUUUAUUUUGAAUGAAAUAAAAAAAGAAAACAUAGGCACCCGAAGGUGCCUUGGGUGCCUUAUUAUAAAUACGCCCAUGGCUACAGUGCUAAGCUGCCUGCGUCGGGAGGGAGCUCCCAUUUUGGGCAGCCAUAUUGAGUUUCAGAACUAGAUCAUAGUGAUGAGUGAUUCAUCCUAAUUCACUUUGCAGAAAAAGUGGUAGAAAAAAUUUGGCAAAUGUUGGUACCAUGUGAGUCUUUUGACGUGCACGACUGUUUUGACGCUAAUACGCCUUUUUGUAUGCGACCGUGCCCUUUUUUGGCACGACUGUGCCUCUGUUUGAUGCACUCUCACCUUUUUUUUGACGCAGCCGGCAAAAUUUUGCUGACGUUUCACAAAACAAUUCACCCAUGGUGAAAUUCAGAAUUUUUCUGGGAAUCCCUGCUUGGCAAAACAAUUCGCUCAUCACUACUCGCUCAUUAUGUGCCUGUAGGCGGGUUAAUCACAUCCACUGCCACUACAUUAUACUCAUGCACAUAAUGAACGAGUGGGGAGUCUUGCUCAUUAGGCACAUGUCCGCUAAAUAACAUGGCAACCUGCACUGGUAGCUCCCUCCCAUUGCUGCCGUCCUACGGUGUUGGGGACUGGCUUUUAUGAAAAACACUAUUGUUACCCCCAACUGGAGUGUGGGCUCUAU